GACUCCCACUCGGCUGGCGAGUCUGCGACACAGUUCGUCUUCGCGCUUCACUUCUUCCCUUUUGUCUAGUCCUCAGCCAUGGCGAGCCCCCUGGAUCAGGCCAUUGGCCUCCUUGUGGGCAUCUUCCACAAGUACUCCAGGAGAGAGGGUAACAAAGACACCCUGAGCAAGAAGGAGCUAAAGGAGUUGAUCCAGAACGAGCUCACCGUUGGCCCGAUGCUGCAGGAUGCUGAGAUUGCACGCCUGAUGGACGACCUGGACCGGAAUGGAGACCAGGAGGUGAACUUCCAGGAGUAUGUCUCCUUCCUGGGGGCCUUGACUCUGAUCUACAAUGAAGCCCUCAGGGGCUGAAAAUAAAUCAGGAAGGUGGAGACACCUUCUAGGGGCCUGCAUCAAAUUGAGGGAUGAAUAAUUGUACAAUAAAUAUUUUUUGGUCAAGUU